GCGCUGCGCGCUUCUAGCUGCUCUUUCUACACGUGCUUUAAGACGUGAUUCCGUUUCCUCCUGUUCCGCUGCUGUGUACCAAAACAACAUGGCAGUAUAUAUUUUCCUUCUCUAGGACAUAACUAUUUAACAUACAGAAGGCAUCAUGGCUAACCUGGACCAGUGGGUGAAGGACCGCCUCCAUGACAUCCUAGGUUUGAGUGACAAGCAUGUGGCCCAAUUCAUGAUCGGAACUGCCAAGAGGUCGUCUGGCCCAGAGGACUUUGUGUCCCGUCUCAAAAAGACAGGGACGAUUGACAUCGACCAGACCGUAACCUCCUUCGCUCAUGAGCUCUAUGACAAACUUCCCCGUAAGGUGGUGGUGGAGAAGCCAAUCAGGGCACUGGAGCGGGAGGUCGUGGCCAUGGAGAAGAAGAAUAGGACGUACACGCUGCUGGAGGACAGCGACGGGGAGAUAGACGUUCCCGCGGAGAAGGAGACUGGCAGGAAGAAGAAAAGCAAGGAGAAAGGAAGCAAGAGGAAGCACAUCAGGCAGAAGAAGGAGGAGAGCGAGUCGUCCAGCGAGGAGGAAGCUCCUAAAAAGAGUUCUGGACUCAAGGAGCAGAAGGCUAACCCGGAGGAGGAGGAGGAGGAGGAAUGGGAGCGUGAGGAGAGAGAGCGGGUGCAGGACAUCGAAGAGAGGGACGCGUUCGCUGAGAGAGUCAAACUCAAAGACAAAGAUAAGACGCGGAACAUCGCCGAGAGGACGGACAAAAAGGCUUAUGAAGAGGCUCAGAAGAGACUGAAGAUGGCCGAAGAAGACCAGAGGAAAAUACUCCCAGAGUUGAGGAAGCGCUCUCGCUGGGAGUACCUCAAUAAGCGCGAGGCGGAGAAGCUGGAGGACCUGGAGGCGGAGAUCGCCGACGAGGAGUACCUGUUCGCGUCGGACCAGAUGACGGACCGCGAGCGCAAGGAGCUGGAGUACAAGCGCACCCUGAGGGACCUGGCCAAGGACUACAAGAAGGCCGGGGUCAAGGAGCAGCAGGAGAGGAAGAACAGAUACUUCAUGCCAGAGGAGAAGAGGAGCAAGGAGGUGCCCCAGAGGGAGCUGGAGCUGGAGGAGAUGCCCAUGGAGGUGGGCGGGGAGCAGGGGAGGUGGGAGGAGGAACGCCUCAAGACGGCCUGCCUCUCCUUCGGAGCCAAGCAGGAGCGGGAGCGCGGGAUGAAGGAGGAAAGGGAUCGGUAUCAGCUGAUCCUGGAGGAGGACGAGAUGAUCAACUUUGUCAGCAGCGCCGUCACCAUGAAGGGCACCAUGACUGAGAAGGAGGGCGAGGAGGUGGGCCUGUCGCAGGCAGAGAUAAGGAAGGAGUCCAUCCAGGAGGUGCGGCGCUUGCUGCCGAUAUUCCCCUACCGGGAGGACCUGCUGGCGGCCAUCGACCAGCACCAGAUCCUGGUCAUAGAGGGGGAGACGGGCUCCGGGAAGACCACACAGAUCCCCCAGUAUCUCAUGGAGGCGGGCUACACCAAAGGCGGUCUGAAGAUCGGCUGCACGCAGCCGCGUAGGGUGGCCGCCAUGUCUGUCGCCGCCAGGGUGGCCGAGGAGGUGGGAGCCAAGCUGGGAAACGAGGUGGGCUACAGCAUCCGGUUCGAGGACUGCACGUCCGAGCGCACGAUCCUCAAGUACAUGACGGACGGCAUGCUGCUGAGAGAGUUCCUCACCGAGCCUGACCUGGCCACCUACAGCGUCGUCAUCAUCGACGAGGCCCACGAGCGGACCCUCCACACGGACAUCUUGUUCGGCCUCAUCAAGGACAUCGCUCGUUUCCGUAGCGACCUGAAGGUGCUGGUGGCCAGUGCCACCCUGGACACCGAGCGCUUCUCCUGCUUCUUCGACGAUGCGCCCGUCUUCCGCAUCCCAGGGCGACGCUUCCCCGUCGACAUCUUCUACACCAAGGCGCCCGAGGCGGACUACCUGGAGGCCUGCGUGGUGUCGGUGCUCCAGAUCCACGUCACCCAGCCGAUCGGGGACGUCCUCGUCUUCCUCACCGGACAGGAGGAGAUCGAGGCGUGCUGUGAGAUGCUCCAGGAGCGCUGUAGGAGGCUGGGCUCCAAGAUCUCGGAGCUGCUGGUGCUCCCCAUCUACGCCAACCUGCCCUCCGACAUGCAGGCCAAGAUCUUCAACCCCACUCCCCCCGGGGCGCGCAAGGUGGUGGUGGCCACGAACAUCGCCGAGACGUCGCUGACCAUCGACGGCAUCAUCUACGUCAUCGACCCGGGCUUCUGCAAGCAGAAGAGCUACAACGCCCGCACCGGCAUGGAGUCGCUCAUCGUCACGCCCUGCUCACGGGCCUCGGCCAAUCAGCGGGCGGGCCGUGCGGGCAGAGUGGCGGCUGGAAAGUGUUUCCGUUUGUACACGGCCUGGGCCUUCAAACACGAGAUGGAGGAGUCGACGGUGCCGGAGAUCCAGAGAACCAACCUGGGAAACGUAGUCCUGCUGCUCAAGAGUUUAGGCAUCAAUGACCUCAUCCAUUUUGACUUCAUGGACCCUCCGCCCCAUGAGACGCUGGUCCUGGCCCUGGAGCAGCUCUACGCCCUGGGCGCCCUCAACCACCUGGGGGAGCUCACUAAGCUCGGCCGCAGGAUGGCUGAACUCCCUGUGGACCCCAUGCUGAGCAAGAUGAUUCUAGCCUCUGAGCAGUACAAGUGUUCGGAGGAGGUGCUGACCAUCGCCGCCAUGCUCUCGGUGAACAACUCCAUCUUUUACCGACCCAAAGACAAGGUGGUCCACGCCGACAACGCCAGGAUGAACUUUGUGGUGCCUGGAGGUGACCACCUGGUGCUGCUCAAUGUCUACACCCAGUGGAUAGAGAGCGGCUACUCCACCCAGUGGUGCUAUGAGAACUUCAUCCAGUUCCGGUCGAUGAAGCGUGCGCGAGACGUGCGCGACCAGCUGGAGGGGCUGAUGGAGCGCAUCGAGGUGGAGGUGGUCAGCUGCCAGGGGGAACCCAUGCCCAUACGCAAGGCGGUGACGGCGGGGUACUUCUACCACACGGCCAGGCUCAGCAAGGGGGGCUACAAGACGGUGAAGCACCAGCAGACGGUGUACGUCCACCCCAACAGCUCCCUGUUCGACGAGCAGACGCGCUGGCUCAUCUACCACGAGCUGGUGUUCACCACCAAGGAGUUCAUGAGACAGGUGAUAGAGAUCGACAGCGCUUGGCUGCUAGAGGUGGCUCCGCACUACUACAAGAACAAGGAGCUGGAGGACAGCAGCUCCAAGAAGAUGCCUCGCAAGCAGGGCAAGAGCAAGGACGAGCUGGGAUAACACAGACUCCUCUUCUCCUCCUCCACCUCCUCCCCUCCUCUCCUCCUCUCUGGGUCAAACGUGGAGAGGAGCACUUCAGCCCGUUCUACAGGAGGAAGUAGAAAUCGGAUCCUUCUCUAUCGGCGGGAGCUCACGUGCGCGCCAAACAAACGUGCACAUGACCAGAAGUGUUGGGCCAGAACUGGUUGAAUCCCGGAAGUGCUCCCAACCAGGCCGAGAGAAAAAUCUUUUUUACACAAGGUUUUACUUUAGCACAGUUUAACUUAGUUAUUAUUGAUCUAUGUUGUUAUUUGUUUUUUGCUAAUAAACGUUUCUAAGCC